AUGAAUGCUUAUGAGAGAGAUUUUUGCUUGAAACUGACCAAGGAUCUAAAAAAGAAACAUGCAUUCAAGGUAUUUAUUUAUCCUGUUUCAGAUGAUAUUGCACCAGGAUACAGUGAUGUUAUUAAACAUCCAAGUUGUCUUCUUGAUGUAGAAAAUGCAUUGAAAGCGAACAAUAUUGAAAGUGUAGAAGAAUAUAAAAAGCGUAUAAAUAGGAUUUGGAAGAAUUGUAAAAAAUACAAUCAAGGACUCAUUCAAUUUGAAUCACUUGCCAGCUUAGGCAAGGAAAUUUUCGAAAGAAAAAUGAAAAAGCUCAGAAAGUCAGAAGCAGAAAAUUGGAAUCGCAAAGUUCAGAAAUGUGUUAAGAAAAUUUCCGAGGUCAUUACUUUAAUGGAUGAAGAAGCAAAGAAACUAGCUUAA